GAAAGAUUGGAAAAUGGCUUCUCGAAUCCUGCUCAGAAACGGAACCAUUCUAGUCCAUGAAGGGGACAAGGUCAAAUGGCUAAAAGAGCAUGAUUUGCUUAUUGAAGGGAAUGCCAUUGGCCAGAUUGGCCAGGCUUUGCCGUCGACUUCCGGUUGUAGGGAAAUCGAUUGCACUUCGAAGAUAAUCUCACCUGGCUUUAUCGAUGCGCAUCAUCAUUUAUGGCAAAGUCAGUUGAAGGGCAGACAUGGUGACCAAGGGUUCAUGGAGUAUAUGGCAGCUGGAAAUUUCCAAUCAUACAACUACCUACCAGAAGAUGUAUUCUGGGGCCAACUGACUGGCUGUCUGGAGAGCAUUGAUAGCGGUGUUACAACUGUCGUAGACCAUGCGCAUAUGACAUACUCUCCAGACCACGCCGAGGAAGGGAUCCGGGCAUCUGUAUCUUCGGGGAUCCGGACAUUCUUCUGCUACAGCCUCAUCCGCCGCAUCAAAGAGUGGUCCUCAACAGUCAAAUAUGAUGAGAACGUCCUCCCUGACUGGUGGUUACCAACCCUGGCAACACUUGUCAAGGCGGCUCCAUUCGGCAACGGGCGUGUCAAUCUUGGCCUUGCGCUUGACUUUAGUAUCCCGCAUGAUAUUGUUGUUGGCUUGUGGAACAAGUCGGCAGAGUUGGGCAUCCAGCUGGUCACCACGCAUUACGCCGCUCAUUUUAUGCCAAACGUCGUUCAAAUCCUCUCCGAAAAUAACCUCCUCGCAUCAAACGUCCUUGUAUCACACGGCAACGGCAUCUCAGAGUGCGACGCCAAAACGAUGACGCAGAAUGACAUGUUCAUCUGUAGCACCCCAGAAACAGAAAUGCAAAUGGGCCUCGGAGACACAGUUGCCUUUCGUCCAGAUGUAAAGUCCCACACCUGUGUUGGAGUAGACUGCCAUUCAAACAACUCUUCCGACAUCCUCACACAAAUGCGCCUUGCCCUUCAACACACUCGCGCCACAGAUAAUGCGAUGGCUCUCCAGAACGGGCAAUAUCCCAGCGUCCAUGUCAAGUUGGAGGAAGCUUUUAAUCUCGGCACGAUACAGGGUGCAAAGGCCAUCAAUAUGGAGAGCCAAAUCGGAAGCCUGGCCGAGGGGAAGAAGGCUGAUAUUGUCAUUUUUGAUGCGUCCAGUCCAUCGCUUCUCUGCGCGGCUCAGGAGAGCCCAUUGGCUGCGAUCCUGCUGCAUGCGAGCGUGCGUGAUAUGCACACUGUCAUUGUGGAUGGUCAGGUAAGGAAGGAAAAUGGUCGCUUGACUCAGGUCGAAGUUUGGAAAGGGCUGGAUGGAGAGGAGCGAAGUUUGCUGGAGUGGAGUGAUGUUGCGCAGCGGGUAUUGGAGAGCCGGGAAAGGAUCCUGGAGAGGACAGUGGGACAGGAUAUCGGGGCUGCCCUACAGGGAUGAGAUGAAUAUUUACUCUGAUGAGUUUAAAGUGAAAUAGUUCUGGGUGGUUAUAAGCGCUGUAACUAGAGCUAUGUAAAUAUAACGCCCAUGGGAAUUCUCGUCAUCUUGUAUGCUUGAUUUAGCAGUACUCGCAAAGUGACCUGUCUUGUCCACGAAAGUAAUCCUCAAUACUCAAUCCAAAUUUCAAUUUCCUCAACAU